UCUGAGGUAAGGGGCGCUGGCGUUGAGUCUUGGUGUCCGGGACGUGAGGCUGUGAGGCUGUAGCGGCAGCAGUGAUCCCUGUCUGCAUUCCGCUGCUUCUUCCUUAGGAAUUUCAGCUGUCCGCGCGUCGCGAGGAACCAGAGCCGAAGCGGGGCUGUCGCGGGCCCGGGGCUGCGGCGGGGCGCCAGGGGUCUCCCGGGGGUUUUCAGCCGAGAGAGUGGGGCGGUCCUUACCUCCGUGGAGCCAGUUGCUUUUCUGGAGCUUGUGCAGCUUUUUUAAACGCUGAUUUGGUGCUUUCGGCGCAUAUUUUAUUAACGUACGUCAUAACUGGAUUACACACACACAGGUAAAAGCACGGAUUUUGCCACUAGUAUGUCAUGUGUAUCGUGAUUUAAUGGCUGUUAACCCCUAGAACUUGUCACCAUCACUAAUGUUCACUUGACUAAAACGUAGUGGAUUAGUCUGUGGUGCAUUUGUUGAAAAUAACAUGCCUGACAUGUUUUUACGUGAGUGUUCAGUUGUAUGGUACUCCUUCAGUUGAAGGUAGUUCUUAUACCUGAAGUCUCAUGUUCUCUACACUAAGCAUAUUUCAUCUGGACGUUGAUGUGAGUGCUAAAUUAGUCAUCAAGGUAAAUAUUCAGUUGAUUAUUUAAAAAAAUCGCUAUAUUUCUAUUUUCUUACUUAGGAAAGGUAGGGAAAAGAGGCUGUUUAACCACGUGUUAGAUUGGGUUUGUUUGAAGUAAUUUACUUUAAAAACUGAACUGUUGGUUUGUAAAAUGUAAUGUAUUUUAAACCAUUGUCUUUGGAAAAAGUAAGUUUUUAUGUUACUUAGGUUUUUGUUGCUUUGUAGUUUUCCUCAUUGCAUGUGUUUCUCUUUAUUUUCAUCAUAUAUUGCAACCACAACUACCUUUCAGUUAGCUGGCUCCCAAACAUCUCCUGAUAUUUAUCUGUAUCUUUCUAAAAAUAUAGUAGCCUUAUUUGUGAUCUAAUACUUGUUUUCUUACCCCCUAGGAGGAACCGUAGAUUCUAAUUUUUUUCCUUUCUCUAUGGACUUAAAAUAAAAAUAAUUUUGUUUCUAUUUGGAUUUAUUUUCUAAAGAUUACCAACAUAAACCCAUAUCAGAUACAAAACCAAUCUGAGGUAGUUAAACCAUGAGUUGUGGAAAUGAGUUUGUAGAAACAUUAAAAAAAAUUGGUUAUCCCAAAGCUGAUAUUCUUAAUGGAGAAGAUUUUGACUGGUUGUUUGAGACUGUUGAAGAUGAAUCAUUUCUGAAGUGGUUUUGUGGAAAUGUGAAUGAACAGAAUGUAUUGUCCAGAAAAGAAUUGGAAGCUUUUAACAUUCUUCAAAAAUCAGGCAAGCCCAUUCUAGAAGGGGCAGCACUAGAUGAAGUUCUUAAAACCUGUAAAACUUCUGAUUUGAAGACAUCUAGACCGGAUAGCAAAGAACUGGAGAAAUUAGAAGAUGAGGUUCAAACUCUGCAGAAAUUGAAGAACUUAAAAAUACAGCGACGUAAUAAAUGCCAGCUGAUGGCUUCAGUAGCUAGCCACAAAUCUUUGAGGUUAAAUGCUCUGGAAGAAGAAGCCACUCGGAAGCUGAAGCAGAGUCAAGGAAUUCUAAAUGCUGUGAAUACUAAGAUCAAUAGUGAACUUCAGGCCAUUAUUGAUGUAGUUACAAAAUUGAUGAUGUUCUUUAGACAUUCUGAUUUAGGUCAAGGAACAAAUCCACUGGUGUUUUUAUCUCAUUUUUCCCUGGAAAAGUAUCUAAACCAGGAAGAGCAAAGCACAGCAGCGUUAACCUUAUAUACCAAAAAGCAGAUCUUUCAAGGUAUACAUGAAGUAGUUAAAAGUUCAAAUGAAGAACAUUUUCAACUUUUGCAUAUACAAACACCAUCUAUUUGUGAUAAUCAAGAAAUCCUUGAAGAGAGACGACUAGAGAUGGCUAAGCUACAGCUAGCAUACAUUUGUGUGCAACAUCAGUUAAUUCACUUGAAAACAAGUAAUUCAAGCAUGAAGUCAAGUAUAAAAUGGGCCGAGGAGAAUCUUCAUAGCCUAACUUGCAAGGCUGUUAGCAAAGAAAAUUUGGAUGCCAAAAUUUCUGGCUUGAACAAUGAGAUUCUGAAACUUGAAGAACAAAUCGCUCACAUGAAGCACAGAAGUUUGCCUGCUAUAAUAAAAGAGAAUGCCCAGUUACUGAAUAUGCCAGUUGUAAAGGGAGAUUUUGAUCUGCAGAUUGCUAAACAAGAUUAUUAUACAGCAAGACAAGAGUUAGUUUUAAAUCAGUUGAUAAAGCAAAAGGCGUCAUUUGAACUUCUGCAGUUAUCAUAUGAAAUCGAAUUGAGAAAGCAUUGGGACAUAUAUCGUCAACUUGAAAAUUUGGUUCAGGAACUUAGUCAAAGUAACAUAGUGCUCCUCCAGCGAUUAGAAAUGUUAACAGAUCCAUCAGUCUCUCAGCAGAUAAAUCUAAGGAAUACUAUUGAUACUAAGGAUCAUUCUACUCAUAGGUAUGUAUGCUUCAUUGUUUCUGUAGUUUUUAAAUUUUUGUGAGAUACGAGAAUUUGAACUAAAAUCGUGAAAGUUCAAACAGUUCUUUGCACUUCAUUUUUUUCUUUAGUGCAAGAGCAGUUGGCAAUAUCUGCUCAAGAGCAUUCUUUCUUUCUGUCCAAACUGAACAGUGAUGUAGAUACACUUUGUGAUGCUUUGUAUCAAGGAGGAAAUGAGCUUUUGCUUAGUGAUCAGGAGUUCAUGGAGCAGUUUCAUCAAGUUGAAUCUCAAUGGAAUAGGCUCAAUCCUCUCCUUACUGAUAUUCUUGCUAAUGUGAAGACAAAAAGAAAAAUGUUGGCAUAUAGUAAAUUUCAUCAAAUGGAGAGAGAAUUAUAUGUAUAUUUUUUAAAAGAUGAAGCUUAUCUGAAAGAUAUUGUGGAGAAUUUAGAAAACCAAUCAAAGAUUAAGACUGUUGCCAUUGAAGAUUGAAAAUGAUUAAAAACGGAAUCUUUUCUAUACAUGCUGUUUUUUAAUGUUUUAUGUAUUACUAGAAGGAAUACACAUCUAAUAAACACUAAACUUUA